AUGGGUCAAUCACGGCGUCCCGUCGGUGGUGAGAAGAAGAGUCGCGGCUUUGGACGCUCCAAGGCCACGGCCGAUGUGGGUGAUGGUCGACGAGGUGGGGGGAAGCCCCAGGUCAAGAAGGCCACCUUCGAGAGCACAAAGAAGAAGGAAAUCGGUGUCUCGGACUUGACGCUGCUGAGCAAAGUCUCCAACGAGGCCAUCAACGACAACUUGAAGCUCCGCUUCGAUGCGGGGGAGAUCUAUACAUACAUUGGCCAUGUGCUGGUCUCUGUCAAUCCGUUCCGGGAUCUGGGCAUUUACACGGACCAGGUUCUCGAGUCAUACCGGGGCAAGAACCGUCUCGAGGUGCCGCCCCAUGUGUUCGCCGUGGCCGAGUCGUCCUAUUACAACAUGAAGGCAUACAAGGAUAACCAGUGUGUGAUCAUAUCUGGCGAGUCGGGUGCCGGAAAGACGGAAGCGGCCAAGCGGCUGAUGCAGUAUAUCGCGAGUGUGUCGGGUGGCACUGAUUCCUCCAUCCAGCAGACAAAGGACAUGGUGCUGGCGACCAACCCUUUGCUGGAGUCUUUCGGAAACGCAAAGACGUUGCGAAACAACAACUCCUCCCGUUUCGGAAAGUACUUGGAGCUGGAAUUCAACUCCAACGGUGAGCCCGUUGGAGCCAACAUCACUAACUAUCUGCUGGAAAAGUCGAGAGUCGUGGGCCAGAUCACGAAUGAGCGAAACUUCCACAUCUUCUACCAGUUCACAAAGGCUGCGCCGCAAGAAUAUCGCGAUCUCUUUGGUAUACAGCAGCCUCAGUCCUACGUCUACACGAGUCGUUCCAAAUGUUUCGACGUCGCUGGCAUUGAUGACGCAUCAGAUUUCCAGGAGACGCUGGAAGCGAUGAGAAUCAUUGGUAUGACGAAGGAAGAGCAGGACAACGUCUUCCGGAUGUUGGCCGCUAUCCUGUGGAUAGGAAACAUUCAGUUUGUCGAGGAUGACUCUUCUAAUGCAUCCAUUACCGAUCAGUCCGUGGUAGAAUUUGUGGCCUACCUGUUGGAAGUUGAUGCCGCGCAGGUGAACAAGGCACUCACUCUGCGGAUUAUGGAAACUGCUCGCGGAGGUAGACGGGGUUCGGUGUACGAAGUGCCUCUGAACACGGUGCAGGCGCUGGCUGUCCGGGAUGCUCUGGCCAAGGCGAUCUACUUCAACCUCUUCGACUGGAUUGUCGAGCGAGUCAACAACUCUUUGACUGCGCGAGGACAGGUGGCCAACUCCAUCGGUAUCCUCGAUAUCUACGGUUUCGAGAUCUUCGAAAAGAACUCGUUCGAGCAGCUGUGCAUCAACUAUGUCAACGAGAAGCUCCAGCAGAUUUUCAUCCAGCUGACUCUGAAGACGGAACAGGAGGAGUAUGAGCGCGAACAGAUCAAAUGGACCCCUAUCAAGUACUUCGAUAAUAAGGUCGUCUGCUCGCUCAUCGAGGACAAGCGUCCUCCUGGCGUGUUCGCCGCGCUGAACGACGCUUGUGCCACUGCUCACGCAGACUCGGGCGCUGCCGACCAGACCUUUGUGGGCAGGCUGAACUUCCUCAGUUCGAACCCUAACUUCGAGAGCCGACAGGGCCAGUUCAUCAUCAAGCACUAUGCUGGAGACGUCAGCUACUCUGUCGAGGGCAUGACGGACAAGAAUAAGGACCAGCUACUGAAGGAUCUUCUCAACCUUGCUGGCUCCAGUUCAAACAGUUUUGUCCACACGCUGUUCCCCAACCAGGUCAACCAGGAUGACAAGAGGCGUCCGCCCACUGCUGGUGAUAAGAUCAAGGUCUCCGCCAAUGAUUUGGUGGCCACACUCAUGAAGGCGCAGCCGUCGUACAUCCGUACGAUCAAACCUAAUGACAACAAGUCCCCGAAGGAGUACAAUUCUGGAAACGUUCUGCACCAGAUCAAGUACCUGGGUCUGCAGGAGAACGUCCGCAUCCGUCGUGCUGGUUUCGCCUACCGUCAAACAUUUGACAAGUUCGUCGAGCGUUUCUACCUCCUUUCUCCUAAGACAUCCUAUGCAGGUGACUACACCUGGACCGGUGAUGCUGAGUCUGGUGCGCGCCAGAUCUUGAAGGACACGGGGAUCCCAGCUGAAGAAUACCAGAUGGGUGUCACCAAGGCCUUCAUUAAGACCCCCGAGACAUUGUUCGCAUUGGAACAUAUGCGAGAUCGUUAUUGGCAUAACAUGGCUAUCAGGAUCCAGCGUGCCUGGAGAAACUAUCUGCGGUACCGCACAGAGUGUGCCAUCCGUAUCCAACGUUUCUGGCGUCGUACUACUGGUGGCCUUGAGUUUAUCAAGCUCCGUGAUCAAGGCCAUCGGGUUCUACAAAACCGCAAGGAGCGUCGGAGAAUGAGUCUUUUGGGAUCUCGUAGAUUCUUGGGAGACUACAUCGGCAUGGCUAACAAGGGCGGUCCUGGUGAGAUGCUGCGCAACGGAGCCGGAAUCAGCAGUUCCGAGGAUAUCAUUUUCUCCUGCCGUUGUGAGAUCCUCAUUUCCAAAUUUGGUCGAUCGAGUAAACCUGCGCCACGCGUCCUCGUUUUGACCAACAGAAAUGUCUACAUUAUCGCCCAGAAUAUAGCGAACAACCAACUAGUUAUCUCCGCGGAGCGGACCAUUCCAGUUGGUGCUAUCAAAUCUGUUAACACCUCUAAGUUGAAGGAUGACUGGUUCUCGAUUGUAGUCGGAUCUGCCCAGGAGCCUGAUCCCCUUAUUAGCUGCGUCUUCAAGACAGAAUUUUUCACGCAUCUGACCAAUGUGUUGCGCGGUCAACUGACUCUGAAGAUCGGAGACUCCAUUGAAUACAGCAAGAAGCCAGGAAAGAUGGCUGUUGUCAAGGUCGUGAAGGACCCUGCUGUCCCCCGCGACGACACUUACAAAAGUUCCACCAUCCACACGGGACCUGGUGAACCGGCGAACUCGGUCUCCAAACCUACCCCACGUGGGAAACAAGUUGGAGCCAGACCGGUCACGAAGGGCAAGCUUCUCCGUCCCGGUGGUCCUGGCGGUGGUCCUUCAAAGCUGAGCGGACGGCCAGCUGCUGCGGCUAAACCUACGCCGACUCCUCGACCUCUCCCUGGCGGUUCUCAGCCUGCUGCACAGCCUAGAAUCGUACCGCAACCUGCUGCUGCAGCAGCUGCAGCAGCGUCUCAUACUCGUAACGUGUCUACAGCUUCUACUAGGUCAGUGAGGGCACCACCGCCUCCGCCUCCUGCUGCGCCACCGGCAGCUGCCAAACCAACUGCGAAGGUGCUUUACGAUUUCGCCAGUGAUCGGUCCAAUGAGCUGUCCGUGCGUGCGGGUGAUAUAAUUGAGGUCUUGUCCAAGGAAGCUAAUGGCUGGUGGCUGUGUAUGAACCCAACGACCGGCGUCCAGGGAUGGGCUCCACAAGCCUACUUGGAAGAACAAGCUGCACCUGCUCCUGCUCCCCGACCCGGUCCUCCGCCACCGCCUGCUGCUCCCAAGGCUACCAACGGCGUGGCAGCCACGAUUGCUGCUGCGAAGGCCAAGCCCACGCCCCCAGCUCCUCCAGCCAAGAGACCGACUGCACGUAAACCUGCACCUCCUCCGGCGCCGCGGGAUAGCGCUGUCAGUAUGAACUCUCAUGACUCGUCUGGUGGCAGCGGCCGUGGAACGCCAAACAGCGCAUCGAAUGCCAGCCUGGCGGGCGGCCUUGCAGAGGCCUUGCGAGCACGCCAGAGCGCGAUGCAGGGGGACCGGGACGAUGAUGACGACUGGUGA